UUUUUUACAGGGGAUGCAUAUUUUGUGUACAAUCUGCAGUGACCUCGUAAAUCAAGCUGAGAAUAUAUUUGCGACGAAGUGUGGUCAUAUUUUUCACCAUCAUUGUUUAUCUCAAUGGAUAGAAAGAUCAAAAUCAUGUCCACAAUGCCGCAACAAAGUUACGGACAAAUGUAUGUUUCGCAUAUAUCCAACAAUUUCAAACGAAACAUCAGGAGAAGAUAUAACCACCUUACAAUCCAGACUUGACGAUGCACAGUUGCAACUGAGACAGCAAAAGGCGUCUGUAAAAGAGAAAGAUGAUAAGCUUGCCUCGAUCAAUGCUGAGUUAAAGAAAAAUGAAGAACUCAUGAAAGCCAUGGAAAAGAAGUUAGUCAGUAGAGACUCUGCUGUGUCAGCACUGAGAGAGCAACUUGAUUAUGUUAAGAUACAGAAUAAGGAAACUAACAGAUUAAAAGAUGAAAAUGAAAGUCUCAAGAAAAACCUGCAAACAUUGAAUGGCUUGCAGAAAGUUUUGAACGCUACCAGUGAUGAAGUUGAGCAAAUGCUUGAGGGUUACACUGACGUGAGGACGGUGGCUACGUUUGCUACUGCUCUAAAAAGAGCUCUGUGUGAGUCCGAAUCAAAGAAAAACGACACAAGAGACAGAUUACAAGCAGCAAAACAACAGAUAGGCAUUGAAAAGAAAAAUGUAGCUGACCUGCAGGCCAAUAUAGUGCAAUUAGAAGAGAAGAUCCAGUCGUUGACACAGAAACGUAAAGCGUACGACAUGCUGAUUGAUGAUAACGAUGAACAAUGCAAAAGGAUGAUGUUGGUUAAACCACAAACUUCACCGGGCCUCAAUAAAGCUAUUUUGAUUGACGAGACAAAUUCUAGUUUCAAUACACAAGUGAAGAAAAUAGAAACGUCUGAUUCUCCGUACUUAAGUUUGAAACAAAGCAGUCUGGCCCUUUCCGCGUUGCAACAAAGACCGUCUCAGUUACCACCGGACAACAAACUGAAACCUUCAGAACGCGCCCUCGUGAAUGCGGCAAAGAAUGCAACCAAACGUUCCGGAAUAGAAAAUUUACCAUUAACUCCGCUCAGUAUCUUCCACAGGAAGGAACCGGCGAGGAUAGAACUCUCACCAAAGGAAGACUUGAACACAGCUCAAUUCGACAUUUCCUACGACGGUUUAGGAGGCCAUUCUAAGUUGGACACGUUUCCAGUGCCGAACCAUAGGCCUCCGUUGAAAACUUGCAUCCCUAAGAUGACUGCUAAACAUAAGCUGAAGAGACCAAACCCGCCGGCCGGAAGUCAAGAUAUAAGCAAAUUAUUAGGAAGACUGAGUAAUAAAUAG